GAGUCCGGCCCAAACCCAUAAAGUCGGCCCACAGGAUCAGGGGUAGUUUCGGAAACUCACACUCGCAAAUCCCGGAUGCAAUCGAACUCUUGCAUUCCUUUAACCUCUUCAUAUUUUCACUUCAUUAUUUUCUCUCUCUUCCUUAACUCCGCGGCGCUGAUCCGAGGAGUUUGGGAAACCCUAGCUCACUCUCGUAAGUCUCCUAUCUGGCUCGUUUCGAUUCUCAUCACCGAUAAUCAGCCUUCUCGUCAUCAUCGUCAUCAUCAUCAUCAUUAGCAUGGCAGGAUUGGCACCAGAGGGAGCACAAUUUGAUGCGCGUCAGUAUGAUACCAAAAUGAAUGAAUUGCUUUCUAGUGAUGGACAAGAUUUCUUUACAUCUUAUGACGAGGUUUAUGAUAGUUUUGAUGCUAUGGGUUUGCAAGAGAACCUUCUGAGGGGCAUUUAUGCUUACGGUUUUGAGAAACCCUCAGCAAUUCAGCAAAGGGGAAUUGUUCCAUUCUGCAAGGGACUUGAUGUAAUUCAACAGGCUCAGUCAGGAACAGGGAAGACAGCAACUUUCUGCUCUGGUAUUCUGCAGCAGCUUGAUUAUGGUCUGGUAGAGUGCCAGGCAUUGGUUCUGGCACCCACUCGAGAGCUGGCACAGCAGAUUGAGAAGGUUAUGCGAGCACUUGGCGACUAUCUUGGUGUUAAGGUACAUGCUUGUGUUGGUGGAACCAGUGUUCGUGAGGACCAGCGCAUUCUAUCUAGCGGGGUUCAUGUUGUUGUUGGAACUCCUGGUCGUGUAUUUGACAUGCUGCGAAGACAUUCUCUUCGUCCUGAUUGCAUUAAGAUGUUUGUAUUGGAUGAGGCAGAUGAAAUGCUUUCACGAGGUUUCAAGGAUCAGAUCUAUGAUAUUUUCCAGCUCCUCCCUGCAAAAGUUCAGGUUGGGGUUUUCUCUGCUACUAUGCCACCUGAGGCCCUUGAGAUCACAAGGAAAUUCAUGAACAAACCUGUGAGGAUUCUUGUCAAACGUGAUGAGCUCACUUUGGAGGGUAUAAAGCAGUUUCACGUCAAUGUUGAAAAGGAGGAAUGGAAACUUGAGACCCUGUGUGAUCUUUAUGAAACCCUAGCCAUCACCCAGAGCGUCAUCUUUGUGAACACCCGACGGAAGGUUGACUGGCUGACUGACAAGAUGCGUAGCAGAGACCACACAGUCUCAGCCACCCACGGAGACAUGGACCAGAACACCAGAGAUAUCAUAAUGCGGGAAUUCCGUUCCGGGUCUUCCCGUGUUCUAAUCACCACUGAUCUUUUGGCUCGUGGUAUUGAUGUCCAGCAAGUUUCCCUGGUCAUCAACUACGAUCUCCCUACUCAACCGGAAAAUUACCUCCAUCGAAUUGGACGUAGUGGGCGGUUUGGGAGGAAAGGUGUUGCCAUCAACUUUGUGACGAGGGAUGACGAGAGGAUGUUGUUUGACAUUCAGAAGUUUUAUAAUGUGGUAAUCGAGGAGCUGCCCUCGAAUGUUGCUGAUCUCCUUUAAACAGGUUUUGUCUUCCAUUGGGUAGCCGUGAAUGGUAAGGCGGGGGAAUCCCUUUAGCGAGGACUAUUUAUUGCUUUCCUUUUGUUUUGGUUUGUUUCUGUUUUAUUAGUAAUUUUUGUUUUUGGCCCUGUUAAUGAGUCUAAUGUCCAAAUUUAAGUAUGUUCAAAUUUAUCACUCUUGCAACUAAGAUUUGUAUUGUAAUGCUAUGUUGUCCUCUUUAACUCGCUCAAAAUAUUAUUCAAAUUUGGGCUUUUGCUUGGA